AUGACAGCCAGCCCACACACCAUCCACUACGACGCACACAUCUAUCCGGAUCCUGCAGCCUUUCGACCAGAACGAUGGCUAAUUCAAGAGAAACCGAUCCCCGGUGAUUACUUCAGGACAUUUGGCGGAGAUGGGAGAACGUGCCCUGGCCAGAAUAUGGGAAUGAACAUACUCAAGAUUGUCAUGGUCAUGACUAUGGUAUACGUUUGA